UUCAAAGGGAUAACAUGGAGAAAAAAAUAGAAGCAAUAAAUGUAACCGAAGCAAUGAAGUCUUUAGCAUGGAACAGAUUAUUGCUAAAAUAUAUUGGAAUUUGGCCACUCGAGAUUUCUUAUAUCCAUUUUCUUCUUUAUUUUUUUUAUCUUUUCUUACAUAAUUUAUUGUCAAUUAUCGAAUUGAGAAAUGGUAAAAAUGAUUUCGAAGCUAAUAUGGAAUUUUUUACGGAAAACGUAUUGCACCUAAUGGUGCUAACGAAAGUAUUGAUGUGCUGGUUAAACAGAGAAUCAUUAGGACGUUUGCUCGCUGAAGUACAAAAUAAUUUCAACGUCGACAAGUACAAUACGUUUGAGAAGAGAUUCAUAUUCAUGAAGUAUAGUAGAUUGGCGAAAUAUUAUUUUUUAGUUGCUCUAACAACGAUGAUUUGUACCACUGUAACAUAUUAUAUCCAUGCAUUGCUGCCUAAUGUACAAAUGGUGAUAAAAAAUUCAUCAUUGAGUUACAAACCACCGUACAAAACAGAAACCAUUGUCGAUAUAUACGACAUUAGGAUCUAUGUUUGUCUCUGCAUUUAUCAAGUGUUGUUAGUACCAACUAUUAUAUUAGGUUACGUUGGAUUUGAUUGUUUGUUCGCAAAUCUCGCAUUUCAUAUUACCGCACAAUUUGGAAUUCUUAGUUGUAUGCUCAGAGAAAUUCUCGAUGACUCUAAAACAUUCCAAUGUAAUAUAAGGGAACUUGUACUUCGGCAUUACAAAUUGAUAAGACAAGCAAAAUCUUUGGAAGAUAAUUACAAUGUAAUAAUAUUACAACAAUUGAUGGGAUCAACGUUUCAACUUUGUGCAUCCGGUUACAAUACACUUUUGGGCUCAGUAAACAGUCAAGCAUUGACGGUGAUGGUAUUUAAUUUUUAUGCUAUGAACACAUUGAGUACAUUGAUUACUUAUUGUUACAUCGGCGAAUGUCUUAUUCAGGAAAGUUUGAGCCUGAGCAACGCAAUUUAUCGUUACGAGUGGUAUAACGUGUCACCUAUGAACUUAAAAAUGAUUAACAUUUGUUUGAUGCGAAUGAAAAGACCAGAACAAUUAACUUCCGGUUAUAGACAACUCAAAAAUGGCGUAGUUCGUUCGCCAUUAUUUUUCAUUCUCGUUUUCAACGAUUUUUUGCACGUUGCAAAUGAAGAAAUCCUAACAAUCAACUUCCGAUAAAUUUUUCGUCCUAUCAUUGGCUCAAUUUAUCGACAUUCUCAAAAUCACGAUGGGGAUAUCUAUCAUUACUACUGAAC